UCGGCGCGAGAGCGCGCCCCGGGGAGAACCCGAGCAAGAUGGAGGCCAUGCAGAGGACGCCGCCUGGGCCAAGGCAGCAGCUGCCUGGAUCGCCGAGCCCCGGCGCUUGAGUCGUGCCAGUGAGGAAGCUGCUGCCCAGACCCGACCCAGCUCCCGCCCGGCGGUCGGUCCCGGGCCGGCGGCCCCCAGCCAGCCGCAGCCGCCGGCCCCGCCCCCGGGCACCAUGCUGCCCUCGCAGGAGGCCUCCAAGCUCUACCACGAACACUACAUGCGGAACUCGCGGGCCAUCGGUGUGCUGUGGGCCAUCUUCACCAUCUGCUUCGCCAUCAUCAACGUGGUGGUCUUCAUUCAGCCCUACUGGGUAGGCGACAGCGUGAGCACCCCCAAGCCUGGCUACUUCGGUCUUUUCCACUACUGCGUGGGCAGCGGGCUAGCGGGCCGCGAGCUCACCUGCCGGGGUUCUUUCACCGACUUCAGUACCAUCCCGUCCAGCGCCUUUAAGGCGGCCGCCUUCUUCGUGCUGCUCUCCAUGGUGCUGAUCCUGGGCUGCAUCACUUGCUUUGCUCUUUUCUUCUUCUGCAACACAGCCACUGUCUACAAGAUUUGCGCCUGGAUGCAGCUUUUGGCAGCUCUGUGCCUCGUCCUGGGCUGCAUGAUCUUCCCUGACGGCUGGGACGCCGAGACCAUCCGGGACAUGUGCGGGGCCAAGACUGGAAAGUACUCCCUGGGGGACUGUUCGGUGCGCUGGGCAUACAUCCUGGCCAUCAUCGGCAUCCUCAACGCGCUCAUCCUGUCCUUCCUCGCCUUCGUGCUGGGCAACCGGCAGACCGAUCUGCUGCAGGAGGAACUCAAGCAGGAGAACAAAGAUUUUGUGGGCACUACAGUAAGCUCUGUGUUGCGGCCUGGAGGUGAUGUCUCUGGAUGGGGAGUCCUGCCCUGCCCCGUUGCUCACACACAGGGACCCUGAAAGUGAGGAUCACAGCCUAGGAAGUUGGGCUGACCUCAGCAUAUCCUGUCUGCUGCCCUCAUAUUUCCUGUGUUCAGACUCCAGGGAAGAAUACAAUCUCAGACUGACUGCACAUGGACCUCCAGGCUUUGCCGAGAGGAUGGGGCUAGGCUGCAGCCAGGCAGAGGGCAAAAGCCCUUCAAACUCUGGGAGAAACUGAUUCAAGCCCUGCCUUCAUUUGACCUAAGGGAAACUGGGUCCCCCUCCGACUGGUCCCUUGGUCUCCUUCUCUCCUCUGUAGACUAUUGGGAGGUCCCUGAGGGUCCCCAGGGGAAGGAGGCUCUGUGGUACCAGCCCUUCAAACCCCUUCAGUCUGAAGGCUGCUGCCUGCUGCGUCCUUGCUUCCUGGGUCCCUGUCUCCUAUAGAAACUUACUCAAGACACUGCCCCAGGUGGGCCAGACUCUUUCCUACUUAAUUUUUAUUUGCUGAUGAUGGUCCCACCACAUCUGCCACAGAACUCCAGGUGCCACCAGCCCUCCCAGGGCCUCCUCUGACUCUGUCCUUCGAGUAUGCUCACAGCUCUCCCAAAGGAAUCUGAGCCGUGCUGAGGGAGAAAGCAUAGCGCCUUCCUGUCAACUGCUGGUGGUCCCUGAUCAGCUGAGGAGAGACACAGGCUCUGGGAGGAGGAUGCUAACUGCAGCAGCUGGAGUUUGCCAGCUGCCCAGCCUGGGCCAGCCUGGCCUCUUCUCUACUGGGCUAUCUCACCAGGGACUAUACCCUUGGCCCUGGCCUGUUUUGUACAGCACAGACUUCUUGGUCCCAUUGUCAAGGUUGGUGGCUGUGGAGAGGGGGCACAGAGGUGAGGAGUUAGGGAGUGCCUCUUUCCUCCUCAUGCUUCCUACACCCUGGGCAUCUGUCAAGGGCAGAGACUGUCUUGCGUCUUUGAUACUUUUUCUGCAUAACUUGAACUUGCAGGUCACCUCUGAACAGGGUACCCUUGUCCCUACCCCCAGGCCUUGUUACCCUGUCCCUGCCUCUUUCUCAUCCUUGCCCACCUCUCGCCUUGUGAUAUGCCCAGGGUCUGCAGCCUCAUGGGGAGUGCUUAGAGCUGAGGCAUGAGUGAGUGUAUGUGUCUGUGUGUCUGUGUGAGUGUGAGUAUAUGUUGGGGAGGGGGCAAAUGAGAAGUCUUUUCCUCUUCUGCCACUGUAGGGGAUUCUCCUUCCCCCUUGGUAGAGAGCAAAUGAGGGAGACUCCAGGUGUUUUCUGAGCAUCCCUGGUUACCUUGUAGAUCUGGUGGCAGAGCCAUCAUCCCUGGGGUCCCUCACCCUAGGGCAAAGACAAGCUCUGAGACCCCAGUAGAAGGAUGGCAGACUAGCUUCAUCUAGCUUACUGUCUCCUAGGGUGUGGCCCAUUGCCUGGUCUGUGAGUUGAGAAGUGUGAUGCCCCCUACAGGCUCCAUGGGGAGUGUUAGUUUUAUGGGCCUCAACCAGAGCUGUGAGAGCAGCGUGCCAUCCUUGUGUUCAUUUCCAUAGGACUUGGAGUUGAGAGUUAGGAUUCCUGGGGAAGACCAUGACCCCAUCAGAACUAGAAUCAGAUGCUGGGUCCUGCUAGGAAUCAGAUACUAGGAACUUACCAAAUCCGGACUCCACUUCUUCUACUCAUUCCUUCAGGGCGGAUACCUUCUCCCCAAAGCUUUGGCCACUGCCCUGUGCUUUUCUCCACCUGUCCCCAACUAGCCCCUUCUUGCAGCCACAGUGCUUGGAUCCUUCCACAGCACUGGAUCCUUCUGCAGAGGUGGGGAUAGACAGGUAGGGUGGGGGAGCCUUGUUUGAAGGAGAACGGGGCAGAGGUCAGUCCUCAGAGUCAAACCAGAGAGAGGGGACAGGUAGUGAUGGGAGCGGCUGGGAACAGGUGACUGAUGGGGAACCAGACAUGGGUGGGAGGCAGGUACAGAGCCAGAGAAGCAAAAGGGAGACAGGAAUAGAGAGAGAGAGAUGCAGAGACAGCACUGAGGAAAUAUCUACAGAGACACAUGCAGUGAUAAAGAGGAGAAUCCAAGUGGGGCUGCCAUGGAAUAGGGACAGGGAGAAUGAAUGGAGAGGAAAAGGAAGGAGAACUGGAAAAGUAAUUUGCAAGAAUGAAAUAUAAGGGAUAGAGUGGGCCGGGUGAGGGUGAAGGAGAUGCUGGGGAAUGAGGAGGGCACUUGCCAUGUGGUGCUGGGAGAGCUGGCUCCCCUAAGGACACCUGCUGCCACCAGCCCCGUGUGCUCUGAUGGAGAGGCUAGAAUUAACCCACUGGAGGUCAAGUGGCUAGAGACCUGGGACUCAAGCAGCUCCAUCCCUGUGUGGAGGAAUAUGUAUGGGGGAGCCACCCCAAAGAUGAACAGGCAAGACAGUGUUAGCAGUGGGAUGACCCAGGCAAUGGGGAUGAAGGAGGCCAGUCCCUAUUGGGAUAGACUGACAGUCCUAUCCACCCUCCAGCCAGCCAGGUGCUGCCCAGCACUGCAAGAGGUAGUCUGGAAGUGGAUUGGGGAGUUUAGGGUUGAGUGGGCUGAAGUCUGGGAGAGCCCAGGGAAGCAUAAUGAAGGAACAGAGGUAACGGUGGGAAUCAAACCAUAGUCUUGAAGAUUUAGCCCAGUUAGGGACUGGAAGAAUGGAUGCUUCAGCCAAGGGCUUAGGAGGGGCUCUGACAGCUCUCCUGGCAGCUGGCAUGGUGUGGUUAGGGAAGGCGAGCUGGCAUCAACCUUUGGGAAGAGACAGGCAAAGGAGGUCAACAUCUGUGUUUCUGACCAACCAAGAGCCUCCUGGCUUUAGAUCUCUGAAAGUCAUCUGUUAGUUGGUACUGGAUGGGGGUGGGGUGGAUCUAGCUCUACUCACUUUAUCUACCCCUGGCGAGGGAGUCUUUCAGGAGUAGAGAAAGUAGUCAUAACCUCAAGGUGGUCCAAUCUCUAGUCCAAGGAGCUGGUUAGGCAAGUCCUUGGGGGCCUUAGGAACCAGAAAUAUCCCGUCAGAGGACCAGAGCUAUGAGGAAAGGCUUCCUAAGAGUGUGAGGACGUGGGAGGAUCGGCAUCCUUCAUGGGCCUGCAAGAGCCAAGAUGAACUCUUGCAGAGAGGCUGUGGAGAAGGAGUCCCGGGUCUUUUGAGAUUUCCGCUUAGACAUGGGGUGGGGGUGGGUAUGUUGCACUUCUCACGUGAACUUUGCAAAAUCCUCUUUGGGGAGAGGCUGGAAUCUUCCCAGCACAAGAGACUUCUAUGGGUUCCUGCCUGGCUCAGGGCUAGCUUUUGGGUAGGAUUGGCAUUUCCUGAGAAGUGAACGGGAGCUAGGGGGCUUUCUCCAGGGCUCUGACCAGCAGACCUCCAUGGGUCUGUGUUGUGUGGUUAGGAUAGCUUGGUGUUGUCUACACCCUAUUAGUAAGUUCUGUCUGAAUGUGUCCUUGCUGUUCAUUGUCCAAUUUGGUAACAUUUCUUUUGGUCCUGAUCCCUUCUGCUGCUGCUGCUGGAUUUGAGCUUCAGUGCAGGUGGAAUGAGUUCAAAUAAACAAUUUAUAUCACC